GGAAUUGUAUUUCUUUCUCUUUGACCCAGAAGCGGUGUUGCUACAUGCUCCGGAAGUGCAGUGAAAGCACGGGGUUUCCCAGGCUCCCUGAGCAGACUCUUUCCUUUCUCAUCCGACAUCUUGAAGCAGCAGGAGCAGCUGCCGCCAUGCCCCCCAAGGACGAUAAGAAAAAGAAGGAUGCGGGGAAGUCCGCUAAGAAAGACAAGGACCCAGUGAACAAAUCUGGGGGUAAAGCCAAAAAAAAGAAGUGGUCCAAAGGGAAAGUAAGAGACAAGCUGAACAACCUUGUUUUGUUUGAUAAGGCUACUUAUGAUAAACUCUGCAAAGAAGUGCCCAACUACAAGCUCAUCACGCCAGCUGUAGUCUCCGAAAGGUUGAAGAUUCGAGGAUCUUUAGCAAGGGCUGCCCUCCAAGAACUGCUCAGCAAAGGUUUGAUCAAACUUGUGUCCAAGCACCGAGCCCAAGUGAUUUACACCAGAAACACGAAGGGUGGAGAUGCACCUGCUGGUGGGGAGGAUGCUUAAAAAAGUUUUCCAGUCACCUCUGCAAUAUUUCUUAUGUAAAUGUAUACAAUAAAAUUGUUGAAUUAA